AUGUCUCUCCGUGGGCCCAUGCGGCGGUCCCACUUGCGGCAGGUGAGCGCCGCAAGCCUGGAGACCCUUUCAACGGCCCACUCAAUGGAAGCAUCGCAUCGCGACCACGGCCCCACGCCGGACGAACGCAUUGUCCGGAUGUCUACCAGCUUGGCCCGGCGGCAAUGCACGCUAUGGGUUCACGACGAGAUGUUCUCUCGAGAGGAGCUCCUGCUCAACCCCUCGGCAUUUGGCGAAAGCGGAGUUCAAGUUGGUGAUAUUGUGGAGAUCCUGCCUGUUCGCGCGUCCGGGGAUCCCAUCCACGCUAGCUUGAAGCCAGAUGCCGCUGUCAAGACAGCUCGCGACGCCCACAGUGAUCUCAAUCCGGCUUCCAAAAAUGAUAGCACCUCUAAAUUCAAGACCCCGCUUCAAAGCCGAUGUUUAUUUGUGGUCAAGCCUCUUCCACAAGACAUCAAGACUCGACAUCCCAAACUGGAGAUUUCAGUGACGAGCAGCGUGGCUAAUAUCUUUGGCUUCAAAAAUCGGACCCAAGUUUAUCUAUCAAUUGUGGAUCGGAAGAGUUGCGCCGCAUCCCAUGUAGAUAUUGCAUUUCGUGAUCAGUACAUGGUUCGGUCUGACAUGUGGCGACUGGUUGAGUCCGAGCUUGUGGACAAGAUCGUCUACAAGGGACAAAAGAUUAUGUUCAUGGGUAGUAUCAAAGCGACUGUCAAGAACAUCUUCAUUCGAGAGAAGAAAGUUCUCUCUGGGUAUUUUGCACCCAACACCAUCCCCGUCUUUCGCAGUGAAUCGGCCAAGUACGUCUUGUUCAUUCAGAUGUCUCGAGAGAUGUGGGACUUUGACUCUGAAGGAUCUGGAGAUAUUCUGUUCAGCCGAGUCAUCAAUGGAUUCUUACCAGAGCUCUUCAAACGAUGGGCUAACUCCGAUGUCAAACAUUUGGUUACUAUCGUUCUAUUCACCCGCGUCGAGUACGAUGCAUCUGCUCACCCCGGCUUGUCCAAGCUCAACAGCGGGAACUUGAGAAAUACUUCUGGUUCUAAUCAGGUCCCGACUCGGGACUUUUAUCGCGUUGUGGUGAAUGACAUGGCAAGCGGCCAUUGGACGACUAUUCUGGAUGAGCUGAAGAAGAACUUUCGAACAUUCCUCAGAGAUGUUUCCAUCUUGAAAACUGAUGAUCUGGAGGUCGCGGCUGGGAGUGGCAUCAAAUUCUCAGCCAAGCCACAUACCGCGACCAUCGCUGGGCGUCCCAGUACAGCUCUGCGAGGCAAUAUUCUAGAGGCAAUCCAUCUUGCCUCUGCUCACCUGGCUUAUGACCAUAUCGAUCGAGACAUGGUGCAUACAGGCACAUCAAUAAUUGUCAUCACGCCUGGUAGUGGCGUGUUCGAAGUGUCCUAUGAAUCCCUUGCCUCUACCACAGAAGCUUUGGCGAAUCGCGGCAUAGCUAUUGAUCUGGUCUGUCUGAGCCCCAUGCCUCUCCACUCGGUUCCUCUGUUCAAAUAUCGCGAACCGGUAGAAAGGCUGUCUAGCUCGUUGCCAACAACCAGCGAAAUUCCAGGAAACAACAUGUCACCAGAAAUACAUCAUUCCAUAUCCAGCUUGGUCAGCAGAUCGUCCUAUCUGUCUCCAGGGUCGUAUCUUUCUGCCACUCGCAUGCGGGAGCGAGGCAAUCUUCGGUUAAGAGACUGGAGUUAUGGGAUUCCUCAUUGGCUUGACAUCUCCUAUUGGAAUCCUGAAACAUACCGUGAAGCUCGAAGAAUUCUGAAGAACGAUCCCAAUGCGCCUAUCCCUUCUACAGUCACUCGGCCGUCCAAAGCAUUUAUUCCUCGGGUGCGCAUGUACGAGAUCCAAAUGAUGGGAGUCAUGGAAAGCGAACAAUCAAACAUUUCAAUUCCAUAUCUCCUAGAAGGGCGGGACAUAUCGAGGCGUCGAGGAUCCUGGCUCGGCACAGAUACUUCUGCUCGUGCUGCUCCAAAGACACGUUUCGCGAAUUCUUCAUCGCUAAAGGUUCAGUACAGUGACAGCAUGCGACCAGAGCCAGCCUCAUUUCUGGAAAACAUCACAGAUCCCAGUGAGUUACAGAUCAAGGGCCCCCAGAAAUCACGCAAAUCCGUCAUGGCUUGGAUGGAUCAAUACGACGACAAUGUUUUCCUGGCGAAGCCGAAACGGCGUCAAGUCCAGAGGCCUAAACAUGAGUCGAAUGCGAGCGAGAGCCAUCAAUUUUCACGGGCAAGUGGCCCUCGGAGACUCGAUUCAUAUUCAUCAUCUGUAACCGCGCCACAAAGUCCUGUUUCUGCUAAAAGCCCAUCGCCAACCAAGCCAGUGCUGAAGCCUGUCACAGCCAUACGACCCCCGUCGAGAAUCUCCCGAACAAUUAGCUUUGCUCUUCGUGGUUUGAGUGCCACCCCGCCAAGGGCUCAAGCAAGUACUGGCGUACAUGUAGAGCAUGCCAGUGCAGGACCAAUGUCCAACCAAAGAGGCCCUGCCAGCACCUUCUCAGAUACCAGAAGCAUUACAUCCCUGAGUCCUUCGGAGACCGCAUCGAUUCCUACUAUUGUUGAUGUAUCCUCCCGGCCAUCUACGCCUCCAAAGCUGCAGCAGGAGCCUCGGCCUACACCUUCCAAGCCGAUUUCCAUCAAGACGCCGGCGAAGAAGCCCUCGGAGGUUUCAGAACAGUCCGGUCGUGGCGUGCCACCGGGGUCAUUGUCAACUUCGGCCGCCGAGGUUCAUUUUAAUGAUGAAGUCCGUGAAGAAGGCCCGAUCCGGGGCCAGGAUCAUAGAAUUGAGAUCACUGUCAACCACAGCUCUCGUGAUGGAUCGAUCCGGGCCUCGCCAAGCAAGGCUUUGUCUCCGUGGGUUCGAUCUGUCAACCCAUGCAACACACCAAAAGAUGUUCUACGCGACACUAGCUGGUUUGGUCGUUGGCAGCAUGCAUAUCCUCGUCCUCCGCACGUCGCUGUGGUCAAAUGGAAAAGCUUAAAAUCUCCAGCAGUGCUGCCGCUGACUACCGAAGAGUUCCCUACAGCGGCUGAACUCGCUUCUGACUACUUGCAAACACCUUAUCGUGUCUUCUCCAACGAUGAUGCUGAUGUCUUUGAGUCUCCCAAGACUCGUGGAGUACUUUUGAGAGAGAUGAUCUCGCUUCGGCUUGCCCAUGGCUUCCAAAUCAUUGUCGGUAAGAAUGUCGCUGAGGUAUCAGCGCGGCCUGCUCUCGAGUCCUUGAAUGUUUUCGACACACGAGGCCUUGAACGAGACGGGGGAACGGUGUUCUUGUCCAAAGGAAAUGCAAUCCAUCGUCUGAUCUGCAUUGAUGGCGGAGAAAUAGAGGUGACACGCUUCACACACCAAGCAACCGCGUCACUUACUUUCCCUAAGCGAGCAAACUUCACGCUGUAUCAACCUGCCAUGCGAACCAUCUUGAGCCCAGAAUACGAGAUCAAAGAUAUCAAACUGGACCCAACCGCGGAGGAAUACAACUGGAACUAUGCGGACAAUUACGUAGCAGGCCAUCGCGAUUACCUCCAAAAUCCGGCGCAGCAACUCCACUUCUGGCGAGUUCGUUAUGUUUUGAUCCCAAUGCUACUGCAUACCAAUUCCCGGCGUCAUUUGCAAUCUUUCAAUGAAGAUAAUGAAGAAGAAAUCCACCUACUUGGAAUCAGCCAGCUCACCCAUAUCUGGCAGCGACACAAGUACGUGUCUCCCGAAGAGAAGCGGUUUGAGACUUCGACGAAGAAGCGGGACACGAAUCCACUCAAUAUCAUGUAUCAGACGCGAAACCCAUCCGAGGUGGUCGCUGCAGAGCUCGAUCGGCUGUUACUCACCGACCCGGGACUGGAUAACCCACCAGCUCAACUUCUCCCUGAAUCGGAACUGCUCGAGCGAACUAGCAUCAACUUGUCUAGCUUUGCACAAAUCAUUCAGGGCGACAAGGGUGUGCGAAUGAUGGAUCGACGCUGGCAUUGGCGGCUGCAUUACAACUGCUUCAUUGGCUUUGAAUUCACAACUUGGUUACUACAAAACUUCCGCGACAUCGAUACCCGUGAAGAAGCGGUUGGAUUUGGGAACGAGUUGAUGAAGCACGGCUUGUUCCAGCACGUGGAGAAACGACACAAUUUCCGUGACGGCAACUAUUUCUACCAGAUCUCUGCCGAAUAUCGGGUGACCCGUCCAGAGUCUCGAGGUGGCUGGUUCCCUCAACUCCGAGGCGACAAGUCGAUGCCGUCGACGCCUGCAAUUGGAAACGUCAAGGACUCUCCGUCUAGUUUCCACACUCGCUCGGACAGCACUGAUGACCGGGUGCCACCGACGCCAAAUACCCCGUCCAAGGUCAAGAACAAAGUUGCCAUCAUGCUGUCCAAAUGUCUCAAGUACGACGUGGAUAAUCGGAAACGAUCGAAUCGGCCAGAAGUCAUCGAUCUCCACUAUGAUCGACUGCACAAUCCCGAGAACUGCUUCCAUAUUGAGCUGAGCUGGAUGAACACGACACCGAAACUGAUCGAAGAUAAUGUCCACUCGUGGGCUUCUACUGCCGAGAAAUUCGGUCUCAAGUUGGUCCAAGUCCCGAUUGCGGAAGGAUGCGCCAUUGACCGGACCCAACCCUUCCGCAAGCCACACGAGGUCAAACUGAAGAUACCUCCUCCCAAGGGUCCCGUGCACACUGUCUUCAACAAUGCAUCAUUCGCACAGCCAGGCCCGCCGGACAACCUGUACUACCAAAAAGCCCUCCUACGAAAGUUUGACUUUGUACUGGACUUUGAAGCGUCCACCGCAUUCCCUGCGGACGUGGAGGUCUCAUUCUCCUGGGGCAAGCCAGACUACAAAUACCCGCAGUUCAUCCAUCGGACUGGUAGCAUUAUCGCCCAGAUCACUGACGAGGGUCAUUUCUUGCUGCUCGCGAAUCGACUGGUUAGCACGCGCAGUGCAGCCAGCCGAGACGCAGGUCGGUACGAACAUCACAAUCGGCCUGAGUACCGCGGGCGCCCCGCAUCACACGACGUCCUAGAUCGCAUCUCCCCACGCCUGUCGCCGCUCACUCGGCCACUCCAUGACAUCGGCAGCCCCCUUCCCCAGCCCGGAUCAAAGGACAUUGAUUUGGCAAAUCUCUACCGGGCCCCUGAGCACAUCCUCAACGGCCUGGUUGAAUUCUGUAACGACACCGCACAGCUAGAGCAGUUCUACAGCGAGUCGCACGUCCGCCCGGUCUCAACCAAGGUCGAACCCACCACUGUACACCUCAUGGACACAUCCAUUCCUUCCCUGGAGCUUCCCGCCAGCGUGGUCAGUCACCACAUCUCGCCUCCUCCCGGCUUGCCGUCGCGAGUCACCCAGGAGUCGCGGGAUAGCCGGGACGGGCUGAAGUCGCCGGAGAUGACACGAACCCGCGCUCGGGGCGAGAGUCUUAGUUACAAGGGGAGUCCGCGGAGUGGGAGUUUGCGUCCUCUGAUUUGA